ACAUAUAAAAUUGAUCAUUGUUUUUGUUUGUAAGGAUGGCGUGGGCGUGGGCGUGGGCUUGGACUGAUAAUAAAUUUAAAUGAAAAGAAGAAAUGGUCGGGCACACAAGCGAAAAGCAAAGAUUAUGGUCAAGGGGUCGGCAGAGGAAAUUGGUGGUUGGCAAUUGGAAUUGAUAAUUAUUGGGACUGCAUUCUGCAAUUGGCAAUUGGUGUCAAAAAGCAUUUGUUUGUCUACCACCAAACCGCCGUUCUCCUUGUCGCUUCCCUUACUCCCAUUCUCUUCUUUUCUGUCGUCGGUGUGGACGACUUGGACUGAACAAAAACUAUGAGGCCAAGAACUUGGCCAGAUCGCUCCGAUGCCUCUCGUUUCUCUUCCUUUUCUCUGUCCAAACUCAAGGGCAAAACUGCGAUUGAGGUGGAGGAUGACGUUCAUGACUUCUCUCGCUACAAUUCCAAUUCCAAGUCCACUAGCCUCGCCGACACAGUCCACGCCUCACCAUCUACCUCUUCCUCCUCUCAAUCGCCUUUCUGGGUGCGACCCUCCUUAUUACCUCACCAGGAUUUCUCUGCCUUGCCUUACGACGUUCUCAUCAAAAUCGCCGCCUCUUUUAACCUCCCAAAUCUGCGAGCUGCGUCCUUUGUUUGCAAGGCUUGGUUCGAGGCCCUCAGGCCUUUGAGGGAGGCUAUGCUAUUUCUGCGAUGGGGUAAGCGCUUCAAGCAUGGUCGAGGUGGGGUUCGCCCCAAUUCUGACAAGGCUCUUAAUUCCUUUCUCAAGGGUGCCGCUCGUGGCUCCACCCUUGCUAUGGUUGAUGCUGGACUUCUCUAUUGGGAGAUGGGCAACAAAGACGAGGCUAUUACCUUGUACCGAAAGGCUGCCGACCUAGGCGACCCUGCUGCCAAGUGCAAUUUAGGAAUCUCCUUUUUGCACGCAAAACCACCAAAUCCGACUGAAGCUGUAAAAUGGUUGCGACAAGCGUCCAUGGUUGGCAACGUUCGAGCUCAAUACCAACUUGCUCUGUGUCUACAACAGGGUCAUGGGGUGAAUCGGAAUGUACAAGAAGCUGCUAGGUGGUUUUCUAAAGCCGCCGAAGGAGGAUAUGUCCGUGCCAUGUACAAUCUUUCUCUGUGCUAUUCUUGCGGGGAAGGCUUGGUACACAACCAUCAGCAGGCUAAGAAGUGGAUGAAGCGGGCAGCUGAUCGUGGGCAUAGUAAAGCUCAAUUUGAGCAUGGACUCCAUCUCUUUUCUGAAAGGGACAUGAUGAAAGCUGUAGUCUACUUGGAACUUGCCACCCGCUCUGGUGAAAGAGCUGCUGCUCAUGUCAAGAAUGUAAUUCUCCAACAACUUUCGCAAAGUUCACGAGAUCGUGUCAUGUCUGUUGCUGAUAACUGGCGUGCAUUGCCUUCGUCUCAUUGACUCCUUUUGCACAAUGGUUGGUGCACCUCUGGUUUUCUGUUUUCCUUUCUUCUUCUAUUUUUUUUUUGGGGUCAUUUUCACGCAUAUUACAAACGAAGGAACGUUAUUACAAAAAGUACUCUGGAUGCUAUUUGUUGUAGCCAUUGUAUCCUAAAAUAUUGAUAGUCAUUCACUAUAAAAGUAGCCUCAAAGUGUUGUAAUUUGCUCGUUCCACUUAUUAGAUGGUUGUUUUUGUCUUUUUCUCCAAAAGCAUUCAGAAAAUCAGAUUAUUCCUUU